AAAGGUCGGUAUUCUUACCGGGAUAACUAUGACAGAAGGCACCUUCAUUAUGAACAUGGUGGAUAUGGGCAUCUGUCUUCACGUCACCGGGUGGAUGAUGGAAACGGGGAGAUGAGGGAUGUCCGUGAGAACUCCAGAAUAAGACGCACUCCUUAUACCACUCAACGCAACAGGAGGGGAGUGAAAUGGCAAAAUGAAGACCAAAUCCAUAUCACUGUGUGGAGAGAUGAAAAACCUCCAGAUAGAGCAUCUGGGAGGAGCAGACAAGACAGAUCCAGGGGGAGAUGGUUCAGGGUCACAAUUCCUCGUGGAGCAAACUAUGACAAGGCAUGGCUAGUGAGCUCAAUCCAGAGCCAUUGCAGCGUCCCCUUCACACCUGUUGAUUUCCACUGUGUCAAAAAUCGGGCCCGGUUCUUUGUUGAGGACGAUAGAACUGCUUCUGCAUUGAAGGAUGUCAGCUACAAGAUCUGUGAUGAGAAUGACCGAAAGAUAUCUAUCAUUGUCAGUCCUUCUGGUGUACCAUUCUCUAUAAAGCAUAAGUUGAAGCCAGAACAAAUGGAGGAUCUAAAGCUGACCAUGACCAGACGAUAUGAUGUCUACCACAAAGCUCUUGACCUCCACAACCUCUGCUUUGACCCAGACUUGGUGGACUGUAAUGUGAACAUAAUCCUGAAUCGAAGAAGCUGCAUGGCUGCCACCCUGCAGAUCAUUGAGAGGAAUUUCCCUGAGUUAUUGUCCUUGAACUUGUGCAACAACAAUCUGUACCAUCUGGAUGGCCUGUCUGACAUUAUAGACAAGGCCCCCGAUGUGAAGAUCCUGAACCUCUCCAGAAAUGAGCUGGAGUCACUUUGUGAGUUGGCCAAGGUGAAAGCACUGAAGCUGGAAGAGCUGUGGCUAGAAGGGAACCCGCUGUGCAGCACCUUCCCAGACAAGUCUGCCUACGUAAGUGCCAUCCGUGAUUGUUUCCCCAAAUUGCUACGUUUGGAUGGACAAGAGUUACCCUCACCAGUUAUUGUUGACAUUGGAGUCCCUGAGUUAGUAAAACCCUGCCAGGAAAGCUAUGAAGGAUCUGAUACCAUAAAGAGUCUAGUCCUAGAAUUCCUACAGCAGUAUUAUUCCAUCUAUGACAAUGGAAACAGGCAGGGUCUCUUCAGUGCUUACCAUGAUGAGGCCUGCUUCUCCUUGAUCAUUCCCUUCAAUAGCGAGGACCCCAUUUCGAGCAGUUUGUGUGAGUACUUCAAAGAAAGCAGGAAUUUGAAAGUGAUCAAGGACCCCUACCUGAGGAGGAAGCUGCUGAAGCACACAAAAUGUGACAUUGUGGAAACCCUCAGAAUGUUGCCCAAAACUCAGCAUGACCUCAGCUCCUUCCUGGUGGACAUGUGGUUCCAGACGGAAAGGAUGCUCUGCUUUUCUAUCAACGGAGUGUUCAAGGAAAUGGAAGGAAAAUAUCAGGAUUCUGUUCUUGCCUUUACCCGGACCUUCAUCGCUACCCCCGGAAGCAAUUCCAAUCUGUGCAUCGUGAAUGAUGAGCUGUUUGUGAGGGAUGCCAGCUCCAAAGAGACCCAGCGUGCCUUCUCCAUUCCAAAGACCACACUGUGCUCUAACUCCACACCCAUCCUCUCCCAGGAACAGCAGGAAAUGGUGCAGGCUUUCUCCACCCAGUCUGGCAUGAAACUCGAUUGGUCUCAGAAGUGCCUUCAGGACAACGAAUGGAACUACACCAGAGCUGGCCAGAUCUUCACUCUGCUCCAGGCCGAGGGCAAGAUCCCAGAGGAGGCCUUCCAACGAAUCCCCUGA